CACCACUCAGCGCAUGGGGGCGAAAAGUUGGGACUCGAAGCUCAGCGAGACUGUAGCACACUGACAUCAGCUACCAAUAUGUCCGAUAACAAGAAACGAGUGGCUGUCGUUGGUGGGGGCUUGGUUGGUUCCUUAAAUGCCUGCUUCUUGGCCAAGAGAGGUUUUCAUGUUGACUUAUAUGAAAAGCGGCCAGAUAUUCGCACACAAGAGAUUGUGCGAGGUAGAAGCAUCAACCUUGCCCUGUCGCACCGUGGUCGACAGGCUUUGAAGCAUGUAGGACUAGAAGAUGAAGUGGUACGGAAUGGUAUUCCGAUGUAUGCCCGUAUGAUACAUGACAAGGAUGGAAGCACUAGACCCAUUCCCUAUGGCAGGAGAGAUCAGUAUAUCAUGUCAGUUGACAGGAGGCGUCUGAAUGAAUUACUCUUAUCAGCUGCAGAUGAAAGAGAGAAUGUCAGUCUCCACUUUGAACACAAACUUGUCAGCUGUGACUUAAAAACUGGCGAAAUCAUCUUUGAAAAGCCAGAUACAACUAAGGUGAAACAGCAAGUGGAUCUAAUCCUUGGCAAUGAUGGCGCCUUCUCUGCCGUGAGAAAGGAAAUGAUCAGACAGAGUAGUAGGUUUAACUAUGCCCAGGAGUACAUCCCGCAUGGGUACAUGGAGCUGGUCAUCAACCCCACAUCAUCAGGCGAGUUUGCAAUGGCUACCAACUACCUACACAUCUGGCCAAGAAAUGAGUUCAUGAUGAUUGGUCUGCCCAAUCAAGACAAGACAUUCACUGCAACCCUGUUCAUGCCGUUUCCCAUGUUUGAAGAAAUCACAACAGAAAGGGAACUGAUGGAAUUCUUUACAGAAAAAUUUCCUGACUCCAUACCGCUCAUUGGAGAAGCUGCAUUAAAGAAAACCUUCCUUAGUGGUAAAGGUUUGCCAAUGGUGUCUAUAAAGUGCUCACCAUACCACUUGGGAGAUAAGGUGCUACUGAUGGGAGAUGCUGCCCAUGCCAUGGUGCCAUUCUAUGGGCAAGGAAUGAAUGCUGGGUUUGAAGAUCUGCUUGUGUUUGAUGAAAUACUGGACCAGUGUGAAAAUGACCUGUCUGCAUCUAUUGAACAGUUCACAAACUUCAGAAACAAGGAUGCUCAAGCUAUCUGUGAUCUUGCCAUGUACAAUUACAUUGAAAUGAGGAAGUCUGUGAACUCACCACUGUUCCUGUUGAGGAAGCGGAUUGAUAAUAUGUUGUACACACUCUUCCCAAACUCCUGGAUCCCUCUGUAUACCAUGGUUUCUUUCACACGGACAAGGUAUCAUGAAUGUAUCAACCGGAGCAAGUGGCAAGAUCAAGUGAUAAAGAAUCUGUGUGUUGGGAUGGCAGUAGUGGGCGUGGCAUCAGCCUUCUUCACAGCCUACUGUCUACUAGAUGGGGAUGAGGAUCUAACACUUGGAGAACGGAUCACAAAGAUGUUUCAGAGGGCAUCUUUAUGGACAACAAUGAAAGGUAUCAGAUGCUAUCUUUAUAUUACAGACUAGUCUAGUCACCUCUACUAACAUUUUACAAUGUAUAUGGUUAAAAUAUGUGAUUGUUACCAUGGUCACGAGACUUGACCUACAGACAGUGUCGUUUACCCAUUGUUUACACCAUUGUCCAAUGUAUUUAGCAAUAACAGACAGACAUCUGUUCAGGAUUGUUCCUCUAGUCCAUGACUCACUUUUAACUCAGAUAAGUCUAAUGUAUUUAUCCGUCAAUGUACAUGUUAUCUUUGAGUCAUUAUGAACCUAAAACCUGUAUAUGUUUUGGUUAAUAUGGAAGUAUUAAACUCACAACUAACGAGUUCACGUUGUCAUAACGUUAUGCUUUUGUUGUUGCAACAUUAUUCUGUGGACUCCCAUUUACAUUGUCACAACGUUGUGGCCUGACAUGAUACGUCAUUUUUACGUCGCCACAAGAUUAAAGUUAUUUGAUAGUAAUAUAUUUUACGUUGUCUAACGUUCUAUUUAACGUAAAUAGUUAAUAGUUUUCCCAGUAGUGAACAGUACUUAAGAAACAAAGCAGAAAUUCACUUCAAUGUUUAUUCGUCAAUUUGCAUUUUGGUUUGGUCGUGUAUUUUCUGACACUGUAGCUGAAUAGUGAAGAAAGAAUCUCAAAGUGAAAAGUUUUACAGAAAGCUAUUGUGACACCAAGUUAUAAGAAAUGUUGUUAUAACGUUGUGAGGAGCCCAAAGCAUAACCUUUCCUCAAAGAAAAUUUGCAACGUUGUUAUAAAAUGACGUUACCAAUCUACAACCUUCCCACAACCUUGUGAAAACAUUCUGUGUUAGCUGGUCUAUGGUUAUAAGGAACUCAGAGGAACCUCUAAUUCUACUUUGUUGUACCUGUAGUUUGUUACAUGUAUUUUGGCUACAAUAUACAGCAAGUGGACAGGCCCAAUAAACAGUUUGUUAUAUCCAACAGUUCAUGUGUGAUCAUGUUCAUAAUAAACAUAGUUUACUGUAUUGUAAAGACAAUUGUUCAUGUUAUGGCUGGUAUACGAUGUUAGGGAUAUGGUUAAAUGACGUUGUUUAAGCGUAAACGGAGGAACAUAGUGACUCAGUAUUGUGAUAACCUGUAAGGCUACCAAAUGGAGUGUUUAUUAUGUAACUUCCAUCAUGCUGCUCCUGGGGCAUUUUAAAUUGAUGCAAUAUACAAAGAUGUUUCCAUUAAAAGCAGUAUUUUAUACAUUGUGUUUUGGGGACACUGCUGUAGUUUAUGGAAACCAGUGUCCUCUUCUGAAGGAAUACUCCUUCCAAUAAUCUAUACUGGAGUGUUUUCCUACUGUUUUGUAGAAUGUUUGCUGUUCUCAAUUUGUAAAGGCAGCUAUAUUCUUCUCUUUCUAACAUUCUUAACACCACUGCCACUUUCUUAAUGUACCAAAUUAAAUUUGUCUAAUGAGGUCAUAAUAAUUUAGUUCUAUCCCUACUCACCUCCCUUCAAAUUGCUCUUUUCACAGAAUGUCCUUGUUCCCCAUUUAGAUGCAACUGCAAAAUAAUGCUCUGUAUUCCUGCUUCUGUCUUCACUUUAUAUGUAGACAAACAGAUACACUAACAAUAAAGGUGCUUUGAGCAAUAAGUUUAUGUUUUUGAAAUAUUUGUUGGUUACAUUUCUCCUACUUUUUGCCAAUAUAAAAAAACUGAAUAAUUCCUUGUCAGAGAUUAAGUGAAAGACAUGGUGACCAAAAUCUUUAGAAUCUGUCACAACUACCUCUAUUGCCCUGAAUAAUAAUGUGCAACAGAGAAUAUAAAAGUUUUUCCUUUAAAUAUAAAUGAAAAUAUGAUAAUUUAUUGUGGCCUGAUCAACAUACAGCUUUAGGUAAAUGCAGUUGUAACACUGAACAUAAUUUCCUUGCCUGAUUUCUUUAAAAGUCUUGCUGGAUUUUGCUUUUCCUCCUUGUCUUGGAAUGUCUUGCUGCAACUCAAUAUUUUCUCUCUUAGUCAGUAGAGUUGGUUUGUUUGUUGUUGAAUGCAGCACUCAGCAAUAUUCCAGCUGUAUGGCGGCGGUCUGUAAAUAAUCGAGCUUGGACCAGACAAUUCAGUGAUCAACAUCAUGAGCAUCGAUCUAUGCAGCCAAGUCAGCGAGCCUGACCACCCGACCCUCUUACAACAAACAUGGGUUACUGAAGACCAAUUCUUACCUGGAUCUUCAUGGGUACUUAGUCAGUUGAGAAGGGUGUGCAAUAUGCUGGUGCAGUUUGCUGUUUGUGUCGUAAUAGUGUUUAGUUAUCCUUGCGUCUUAAUGUGACUGUACACACACAUAUGCAUGCUCCACAUGCAGCCCAUAUGUGAAUGUGCUGUGAAUGUAAACAAUACUGGUUGGUGAUGGACAAGGCAAGGGCAAGCGGGUAAUAGCACUGAUUGGUGAAGACACGGAAGCCAGCUGGAUGGACAGUGGCACAGAGACUUAAAUCAGUAAGUCCCAAGCGCUAGUCAAGUGUGUUCCUUGGUCACAGUUGAUGGCUGGUUUGUGUGAGGAUAUUUCAUUAUUUUUAUCCCCACAUGGGUACAAUGUGUGAAGCCCAUUUCUGGUGUCCCCCGCCAUCAUAUUGCUGGAAUAUUGCUAAAAGAGGCGUAAUACCAAACUCACUCACUCACUCACUCAUUAUUUUUAAUGAGUCUUUAUAUAUAAGUAUAGUUGGUAGCAAUAUCUUUUCUGACUUCACAUAAACAAUUGUUGCCAACAAAUUUCUGUCAUUCAGUUUUGUCUUUGAAAUGAUGGUUUGACCUAGUAGUUUUGAAAAGAUAUUUGGCUCAGUUGUACACACACAGGUUGACAGGGCAUGGUUCAUCUCCUGCCAGAAGCAUAUAUUAUAAGAUUUCACCCUGCUUCCAGCUGAUCCUUUCUGCGUUUGUCAACUCAAUACUAGUGUUAAUAGCUUUCACCAUGUGGUAAAUACCAGAGCGAAUGAAUGAGUUUAGUUUUAUGCCGCUUUUAGCAAUAUUCCAGCAAUAUGUUGCUGUCAUCAUCUCCAACAGUGUUUCAGAAUUAAGAAGUUCAGAUUAUUGAGGAUUCUCUAUGCACAUAGGACACAGUAUUACUUCUCUAGUAUAAGCACCAGCUUACUGACUAGUCAUAAUGAGUUUUACCUGUUUAAAUUAUAUAUUUGCAUAUUCCUUGUCUUACAUAUGUCAAUGGUAAUGUUAUGAAAGGCCGAAAAUGAAGAGUGUGUGGACACAAUCAAAUCUGAUUUGAUGUAAAAUUUCAUAGAACUAGAUCAGUGACCAUUGAUCUGACUUUUUAUCGGAGGUAACCCAUCUAUGUUACUGUGAUCUGAGGUAACCCAUCUAUGUAACUGUGAUCUGAGGUAACCCAUCUAUGUUACUGUGAUCUGAGGUAACCCUUCUAUGUUACUGUGAUCUGAGGUAACCCAUCUAUGUUAAUAUUGACCUGAGGUAACCAAUCUAUGUUAAUAUUGAUCUGAGGUAACCCAUCUAUGUUAAUAUUGAUCUGAGGUAACCAAUCUAUAUUAAUAUUGAUCUGAGGUAACCCAUCUAUGUUAAUAUUGAUCUGAGGUAACCAAUCUAUGUUAAUGUUGAUCUGAGGUAACCCAUCUAUGUUAAUAUUGACCUGAGGUAACCCAUCUGUGUUAAUAUUGACCUGAGGUAACCAAUCUAUGUUAAUAUUGACCUGAGGUAACCCAUCUAUGUUAAUAUUGACCUGAGGUAACCAAUCUAUGUUAAUAUUGAUCUGAGGUAACCCAUCUAUGUUAAUAUUGAUCUGAGGUAACCCAUCUAUGUUAAUAUUGACCUGAGGUAACCCAUCUAUGUUAAUAUUGACCUGAGGUAACCCAUGUAUGUUAAUAUUGACCUGAGGUAACCCAUGUAUGUUAAUAUUGACCUGAUGCAAACCAUCUAUGUUAAUAUUGAUCUGAGUUAACCCAGCUGGUGAGGUAACCCAUCUGUGUUCAUAUUGACCUGAGGUAACCCAUGUAUGUUAAUAUUGAUCUGAGGUAACCAAUCUAUGUUAAAUUAAUCUGAGGUAACCCAUCUGGUGAGGUAACCAAUCUAUGUUAAUAUUGACCUGAGGUAACCCAUCUAUGUUAAUAUUGACCUGAUGCAAACCAUCUAUGUUAAUAUUGAUCUGAGUUAACCCAGCUGGUGAGGUAACCCAUCUGUGUUAAUAUUGACCUGAGGUAACCCAUCUACGUUAAUAUUGACCUGAGGUAACCCAUGUACGUUAAUAUUGACCUGAGGUAACCCAUCUGUGUUAAUACUGACCUGAGGUAACCCAUCUGUGUUAAUACUGACCUGAUGAUCUAUGUUAUGUUGAUCUAAAUGAGUGAUUGAGUUUAGUUUUACGCCGCACUCAGCAAUAUUCCAGCUAUAUGUGUUAAUCAGUUGAUAUUAGACUGUGAUAAAGGACUGUGAAAAGUUACCUAUCAGUUUUCCAACAAGUGCACUGACAUUCCAUUGAUGAUACAGCACUAUAAGUACAAUCUCUUAUCAACUGACAUUGGUAACUGUUUUGGUUUUUUGCUAGUGUACCAUUUUGUGUAAGACCAUUUUAUGUAUGUGUAUAUAUGAUAUUUACAACUUAAACAAUGUCUAGCUGUUGGUGUCAAGAGCUGUAUGUUCUUUGAGUCAUGAAAGUUGUUGAGUAUUACUCAAGAGUAUUAAGUUUCAAUAAAAACUAUUAUUUUGAA